AAAGAAACAGUGUUAGAAAUCAUUCAGAGCUCUGAUGAAGAAGAAGAAGUACUGUAUUCUGUAUUACUUCUACAUCGCCAUUGUUAUCAUCCUCGCAAUCAAUGUUCGAUUCACGGAGGGAGGCAAAAGACGUAUUCACGUAACCGACGAUCUCAAUGACGUGAUCGAUAACGAAGAGGAUGAAGCGUGGAGGGAGUGGGGCAAGAAAUCCUCCCCUUCCAUGGCCAAAUUCGAUCCGCCACCUACCGAUUUUGAAAACAUGGACUUGCACGAGAUUCAGGAACAAAUGUUGAAGCGACAGCUUGGUCCCGUCUUCGGCUUCGUCAAGCUCCGAUUUGGCAUUCGCCGUACUAGGGACAUGGUGUCUGAUAUUGCAAUCAAAUGGAACAAACUUUCAAGAACAGGAGCUAUUGAGAUAAAGUUUAUGGCAAUGGAUCUUAGCACCAUUAUGUUCACAAUGGAAAGGGGACAAGAUGCUGUCGAGCUUAGAGAAUUUGUGUUAAGCCAGAGUGAAGCAUAUGAAGUUAAGAUAGGGGAUCAUAUUUUUAGAAGGGAAGGAGAUCCUCCAUUGGAGGAAGUCAUGGAGAAGCUUAAGAAUGAGAAAAUCAAGAAAGACAGUUCUGAUGGGAAAGAUGAACUCUAGAGAAAUUGGAGGAGGAGACUAACACUUCUAGUCAUUCUUAAGGCAUUUAAUUAAUACUCAUAAUAGAUUCUAUAACUUAAGUAUUUGAAUGAAUAAAUUGUUCAAGUUUUUGUUUACCGAGAAUAUAUAUCAUUUUAAUUUAACUAUCCUUGUUAUAUC